AUGGCAGUUUCACAGCAUCACACACCACCUGGCUGGAAGGGACCUCAAAGAUCAGCUGGCCCAACACUUCUUGGCAAAAGCACUGUCUAUACAAGCUGGCCCAGCGCUCUGCCCAGCCAGAUCUUGGAACCUGAAGAACAGAAAGCUUCAGGAGACCUAAUUGUGGCCCUCCAGUAUCUGAAGAGAGGCUUUAAGAAAGACGAAGAAAGAAUAUUUACAAGGGUCUGGAGUAACAGGAAAAAGAGGAAUGGCUUCAAUCUAUUAGAAGCCCGGUGCCCACCGGAGCUACAGCCCGCCAGCAGCCCCAAGUGCGCCAAGACGGCUGCAGCCCCCGCACCCGCUCCCUCCCCGACCCCAGCAGGGAGGAGCCCUGAGGACGCUCCGCUCGCACCGACCGUGCCCGCUCCGCUCGCCCGCCGCUCCCUCACGGCGCUUCCCUCGCGGCGCUUCCCGCACGCCGGCACUGCACAGCCACUUCCGGCGGCGCUACGGCGGCCGCGGCGGGACACGUUUAUAAGGCGUAUAACGUGUCCCGCCCGGCAGCGCCUGCGCGGAGGGGCGCGCGAGGCCGAGCCGAUGCGGGGCCUGGCGCGGCCGGCGCUGAGGGCGCGAUGGUGCCGCCGGCUCUGGGCGCUGCCCGCAAGGGCCGCCGCCGCUUCGCCGCCUUCUCCCGCCGGAGCCUCGCCGGGCUCGGGCGCGCUGAACCCCUUCGACCGCCGGCUGAAGCGGAAGCAGAAGAACUGGGCAGCGCUGCAGGCCGAGCCCGCCAAGUGCGAUUACCUGCGGGAGGAGGUGGGCGGCAGGAUCGCGGACCGCGUGUUCGACAUCACCAGAACGUUUCCGCUCGCUUUGGAUGUCGGCUCUGGAAGAGGUUACAUAGCUCAGCACUUAACCAAGGAAACAGUUGAAAAACUUGUUCAAGUUGAUAUCGCAGAGAACGCUUUAAAAAAUGCUGUGGAGUCUGAAAUCCCGACAGUCAGGGUCGUGGCUGAUGAGGAAUUCCUUCCUUUCAAAGAAGAUACCUUUGAUCUUGUUGUCAGCAGCUUAAGUUUACACUGGGUGAAUGACCUCCCUAAAGCUUUCAAAGAGAUCCACCAGGUGCUGCGGCCGGGCGGGGCGUUCAUCGGGGCCAUGCUGGGCGGGGACACGCUGUACGAGCUGCGCUGCUCCCUGCAGCUGGCCGAGCUGGAGAGGGAGGGCGGCUUCGCCCCGCACGUGUCGCCCUUCACCGCCGUCGCCGACCUGGGACACCUGCUGGCCAGGGCUGGCUUCAACACCCUCACCGUGGAUACUGAUGAAAUCCAAGUGAACUACCCAGGGUUAUUUGAGGUUAUGGAAGACUUACAAGGUAUGGGGGAGAGUAAUUGCUCUUGGAAUAGAAAACCUCUGCUACACCGGGAGACAAUGCUGGCAGCUGCUGCAAUAUACCAAGAAAUGUACGGGAACAGCGAUGGCUCCGUCCCUGCCACCUUUCAGAUCUACUACAUGAUUGGCUGGAAGUACCACGAGUCACAGGCAAAACCAGCCCAGCGAGGUUCUGCAACAGUUUCAUUUGGAGACCUGGCAAAAAUAGAAGGACUUCUUAAAAAGGAAAAAAAAUAAGUUGUUCAUCAGAAAUAGUAAUUGCCUUGAAACUUCUAUAAAAAAGUUUUAAUUGCAGGCAGUUUUCACUUGUGCUGAUUUAGUGGUGACAUCCUGAAAUGAUAAUAAAGUACACACAGUAGAGGUUUCUGUACUGUGCCACAGCAUCAUCUGUGUGGAAUGGUGUUAAUUUUUUGUUUCCAGAUAAAUAUUUGAGCAGUUUGCUCUCUCAAGUCUUUGAGAGAGCUGUUCAACUCUCAGCUUUUUAUUAAAUUCACUGUUUUCAAAAAUCAUGCCUUUUCCAGCAUUUCAGUCUCACAGGCUGCUCCAGGUAUGGUUUACAUGUCUUAAAUGUACUUUUGAAUUAUUUCUCAGGGAUAGCAGAUCAUAAUAAAUAAUAGUGUAUAAUAACACUAAUAAUAAGAAUGGUAACAGGUAUGUUUGUGAGACAUCCUAUAAGAGAAACUACCAGCAAAUACAAAGAUAUAAAUUAUAAUGGUUUUUGUGAGUUGGAAAGUAUGGGUAAAAAGUUACUGUAAGUAUUGUUUGAGAUUUGAAUAAUUAAGUGAUACUUGAUCUAAAUGUUAGUUGAAAAUUACAUUUGCACAUUACUUUCUGCUUUUCUAUCUCAGAGGCUAAAGAGCAGGAAGAGUAAUUUUCUCUUUAGCUGUGCCAGGGAGCUUCGACUUUUCCUGUCUAUAACUGCAUUACCAGAAAUUAAUAUUAAUUGCAACUGUGACCCAUUAAUAUGAGAGGUUUAGAAAAAACAUAUGCCCAGAGAUUUUUGCGUGAUUUUAGCACUCGUAGAGAUGAGGAGAAACAGAAAGGAUGAAGACUCUACAACCAAGUACACAGUUGAGUAAGUUUUAUCAUAUUAUCUGAGUGGUAUAUCAAUCCUGUGCUAAAGCCUUUUAAAGUUUUUCCUAGGCUAUUUUAAGAUUCUCCACCAGGUGGAGUUUGACAGAGCUUGUGCGUGGCACAAACCCAUCAGGCCAGGUAGGCAGAAGCCUUCCCAUCUCCAAGGUCCUGAUUUGAGGGGUUGUUUUAUCAACCAGGCUUUGACUUUGAAUAAGAAAUGGGCAGAGAAGGUGCAAAUCAUGAGAAGGAGGGCAGCAAUCUUCUGUCCUGUUUUUGCUUACAAGCCUAACCCAUAAUUAUUGGAGGGAAAUUAGUUCAUCUUUUGUUUUCCUAGAAACAACAGUAAUGCUGCUGGAAAAAGAGGCAGAAACUCUAAAUGGUCUGAUAACCUUUAGAGCCCUCUAAAGACUACAUCUAAAAGGAGAGCUUGUUUCUGUGAAAGCUUCUUUUUUGUUUAAUACUACAUCAGUGGAGCCAGUACAAGAUACUGCAUCUCUCUACAGAUCUUCUCUGGCUUAAAUAAAAUUUCCCUUGUUUCUGGAGGAAUCUCUGGUUUCCCAGAUGUAGGUUUCUGUGAAGUUAUGUGUCAAAUUAAUGUGACUUUGUAAAGCCUUGCUUUAGUAGCUAAUUUCCAGUCACUUGAGCUGCAGGUUGUGACUCAGACGUGUUAGGGGAAUGAGGAGGUGGAAUGUGCUGGGUAAAUGUUAAUUGGAGAAGUGCUCCCACUGUGCUCCUUUGAAGUACUCAAGUUAUGGAGAAAAGGAAGGAUUUUCAGUUCUUUGAUUUCAUGUUUCAUAGAUGGCAUACAUAAAUAGUCAAGUGUUUGGGUAGUGGGAAAACAUCCUCUGAACGGGGAGCAAAGAUGAGUAGCUUUCUUCCUAGUCCUUGGUGGGGGAAAAAGGUGCAGAUAUUCCAUUAAUGUGGAAAAGGGCUGGGGAGUAACAGAAGUAAGGAGUAGUAAAUAUGGCAUUGGAGCAGUGCAGGUUGGAAUUAGGGAACGUGUGAAGAGGCAGGGAAGGUGUUCAUUUCCCUGGCUGUGUUGGAAUAACUGCCUUUUCUGGUGGUUUUUAACUGCAAUUACAGGUUUUUUCUGUAGAACUUCCUGGAAUUCUAGUUUACUCCUGGUUUCUACUAAUUGCCUGAAUAAGUAACUUUGCAAACACUUAGUUUACUAUGAACAGAUGUUUUUGUCACAAGGCUGUGUUUCAUUUUAAUUCUUUUUCAGAUUUAAGUCUUUAUGGCUUUCUAAAAUUGUAAUGAAGAAGAGCAUGGUUGCCAGUUGCUAGCCUAGUACCUCAUGUGUGCUGAGAGUCAGCUUUUGCAGAGUGAGUAACUUCUAAAAAGUGGUCGUGAAGGUGAUGUAAUAUCUCUUGUAAGCUUAGUUAAUUUAAAAAGCAUUAUGCAUAAUACAGAAUAUUUUUCUCCUGCAUACAGAACGAGAAAAGAAUUCAAGGACAUAAUUAUUUUGAUUAAUCAAAAGCUAGGAGCUCAUAAAUAAAAUAAAAAUAAGUUUAGAAGCAUGGUUGCACUUAAUGAACAUGAGUGUUUUAUUUUAGAGUUUGAGUCACAGAUCAGUGAGUAUGCUUGGUCUGGGUCUUGGUUUCAAGAUCUGUCAAUGUAUAGUUUUAUUCAAGUCUAUUAAGGAUAAAGGAAUGAGAUCCUGUACUUUCAAGAUGAAGAAUUUUUGAAGUUAAAACAUGAGAGGAUUCUUCAUUACCUCUAAUUUAUAAAAAUGUCACCAGCAGAAGUACAAAAGUGAACCGUGCAAAAUUACAUUUAACUGUAUUUCUUUAUACUGUUUAAAAAAUAAAAAUGUGAAUGACA